CAUGCAUCUCACUCUAGCCCCCGAUGUCUCUCUUUUUCUCCAGAUCUCCCUCCCCAUCGGUAUAGGAGGACUCACUCCGCUUAGAAUAUAGAAUCCCACACCCCGCUCCAUGGACUGAGUCCGUUCCUGGCAUUGCCGUGGCCGGAUGCGUAUCCCCAUUGCCGUGCAGCUCGGGCUGCUGGUACUCCUGACGGCCCUUGUGGGUAUUAUCGUCCUGGCCGUUGCAACAUGGACUACUGUAUAUAACUUUGUCGUCGACGUUGAAUCGCAUGGCCUCGAACUCGUCGCCACCGUCAAGGCGAGUCAAAUCGCCUCCAGCCUCGAGCUUCUUGAGGUGACCUGUAGGGCCAUAUCCACUCGGCUUUUGGUCCAGGCGGCUCUACGACGCUAUUAUGCGGGGAACUCAUCCGACACCAACUGGGUGAACUCGAUAACGGACGUCGACUCGGCCCUAGGCAGCCGAGGCUACCUAAGCACGUACCAGGCGAUCCUAUACUCGAGGAACGGACCGGACGGCCUCGAACGAUUGCUCAACGUCACCAGCAACACCAUCCCGGAUAUCACGCUGCCCUAUACCUACCCGAAUAAGUCCUCCGUGAAACUGGGAGAUGAGGGCUUCGGCUACCCUGCUAUGCUAUAUCCAAACCUGACCUAUACGCGAUCCACCAACAGUGGCAAUCUCACGACAGCGUACGCCUUUCCCGACUACGCGCUGGGCUUAACUUCCGCGCUGCUUCUGGGCCCGCUGGCGAUCAACGAUUCGUUCUCUCUCGUUUCUCUGACUUUGCCCAUCGUUAAUAACACAUCGGACACGGAGAUUCUGGGUUAUAUGACGGUUAUUGCCAGUGCGGAGAACGUGCAGAGCGUAGUCAGCUCUCGCGACGGGCUGGGCACCACUGGACAAGUCCUUCUGCUCGGCCCCUCCAACGCGGAAAAUCGCUUCCCUACGCAGACGCAGCCUGCAACCGCCACCCCAUCUCCGGAUCGACCGCUCCUUGCCGACUCACAGGUCCACUACGUGUUCGAGCCCACUCCGCUACCGUCCCAGGAGACCCGCCACCGCGGCGUCUCAGCAAGCACCUCCUUCGACCUGUCCGACUACCCCAUGGCCAUGCGGCUAAUGCACGAAACAGAAGAGAACGAGAACCGCUCCGUCAGCAAACUAUCAACCAAGAACGAGCAAGGAUACAGCGUCGCAGCGGGCGCGGUUCGCAUCAAAUCGCCCCUGGUCGACUGGAUUUUGGUAGUCGAGGAAACGCAUUCCGAGGCAUUCGCCCCGGUUGUCCGCCUACGGAAGAUCAUCCUCGCCUGUGUGUUCGGCACCGCCGGAUUCAUCAUACUCUGUGUUCCCCUCCUGGCGCACUGGGCUGUCGCUCCGAUCCGAAGGAUGCGGGAGGCCGCACGGAAAUCGAUCGAACCGGAUGUGCCGCCCACGCUGGCUGCUGGACACAUCGAGGGAGACAGGGUACAAACUAUUGAGGAACACAUGGACGAAAAGAGUGCCCCUGAUUCGUGGGUGAAGCGGCUCCGGCGUCCCUUGGACCGAUUCAAUAGUUCGCAUAGCGUUGGGACUGGUCACCCUCCUCGGUCCUCGUUGCACAUCCCCGGCCGAGUUAAAGAAAGGAGGACCUGUGUCACGGAUGAACUGACGGAGCUGACGAGAACUUUUAAUGAAAUGUCGGACGAGUUGACAAUCCAGUAUAGUCGACUGGAAGAGCGCGUGAUAGAGCGGACGCGAGAGCUUGAGAAGGCGAAAGUGGCUGCUGAGGCGGCAAAUGAGUCCAAGACUUUGUUCAUCGCUAAUAUAUCGCAUGAGCUUAAGACCCCGCUGAAUGGAAUUCUGGGCAUGUGCGCGGUGUGCAUGGGCGAGGAUGAUCUGCAUCGAAUCAAGAAGUCGCUGCAAGUGGUCUACAAAUCGGGUGAUCUGCUCCUACACCUGCUGAAUGACUUGUUGACUUUCAGUCGGAAUCAGAUCGAGCAAGCUAUUCAUCUUGAAGAAAAGGAGUUCAGACUCUCUGACAUCCGAUCUCAGUUGUCAAUUAUCUUCCAGAGUCAGGUACACGAGAAGCAUAUUGAUUUCAGCGUCAACUACGUGGGAGACGGAAAUGCUCAGUCCCGGGGCACCAUGUGCCAAGAGAAAGGGACUGAGCGGGCUCAUCCAGCUACUGGUCCUCCGCAAACUGGUAGACUCGGGGAUAUGGUGCUCUGGGGUGACCAGCAUCGGAUUCUUCAAGUGCUAAUCAACUUAGUUGGUAACAGUCUCAAGUUCACUCCCGAGAACGGCAAGGUCGAAGUUCGCAUCCGGUGUGUGGAGGAAAUCCCGAACCCCGAUAGUUCUGAGACCCUGGUGCAGGACUCCAAGGGGAGCUCAAAGCUCCGUUCCCGGACUCCCUCACGCGCAAGCGCAUCGCCGCUGGACGCUUCAAAUCUCCUAGACCGCCAAGUAGAGGUGCGAACACCUGCACCGUCGGACCUGCGGACGCUCGUAUUCCAGUUUGAGGUCGAGGACAAUGGACCAGGUAUCCCAGCUCACAUGCAGAGGCGUGUAUUUGAUCCCUUCGUACAGGGAGACCUAGGGUUGAACCGCAAAUACGGAGGAACUGGUCUUGGAUUGAGUAUCUGCGCCCAGCUGUCCCGACUUAUGGGGGGCAUUAUCUUACUUGACAGCGACGAAGGAAGUGGUUCCUUGUUUACCUUGAAGGUCCCGUUGAAGUUCGUCAAGGAGGCGACGGCAAGCACACGAAGCUCCAGCGUUACCGGCUCGAGGACACCAAGUGUUUUGUCUUUGUCACUGGAAGAAUUCUCCAACAUCGCCCAAACACCGUCGAAUCAUAGCUCUGUUGGUAAUAAGGAACCUCUUGGCGCUGGCUAUGAAAAGCCGGACGUACAACCACGUCUAAUUGGACUGAGUCAACCUUUCUUCGCACCUAGCGUCCCAUCAUCACCCGUUUCGUCCCCACCGAAGAAAUCACAGCCGAAUCGGAACUCCGUUGCGAAUGACGAAGGGCUGAAGAAGAUUCGCGUUCUGAUGGCUGAGGACAACAAGAUUAACCAAGAAGUGGCGCUUCGGAUGCUUGCCCUCGAAGAAGUCUACGACGUGACGGUGGUCAAGGAUGGCCAGGAGGCAUACGACACAGUGAAGGCAAACAUGGAAGAGGGCAAGAUGUUUGACCUUAUCUUCAUGGAUAUCCAGAUGCCUAUUCUCGAUGGCCUCCAGAGUACCCGACUCAUUCGCCAGAUGGGAUACUCUGCGCCUAUCGUCGCUCUGAGCGCUUUUGCGGAAGAUAGCAAUAUCAAGGACUGCAUGGACUCCGGAAUGGACAUGUUCAUUAGUAAACCUAUCCGACGGCCCGUGUUGAAACAAGUGCUCAACAAGUUCGCGACAAUUCCCGAAGAGCCCGAAAAUGGUUCUUCAUAAAGGUGGGUUUUAGUUCUGGAAUACCUCAACUCCGACAUCUGUAUGUACUCCAGAUAUGUUGGUAAUAAAUACGUAUGUAUAUAGAUGACUUUUUGAAUGUUAUUAGCGGAUAUGGUUCAUGUCUACGUUCUUGAUGAGUUCGUACUCUGUC